AGCGUACUGUGGAACAGAGGAAAACCAACCGGACCCUGCCCGGCUCGGCUGCCCUCCCCCUCGUCACCCCCUCCAUUUCCGACUCCCCACGUUCCCCGCACCCCGACCCCGAUCCGCGCCAACUCACCGCCGGGAUCCGGCGAGCCCCUCUCGCCCGGCCGCGGCUACCGCCCCACAUGUCCGUCGGCAGGACGAUCUAGAUCCGGCGAGCGACUGAGAUCCCACCGCGCUUAGCGCCGAUGGCCGGCGCGGUGUCGGCGCUGUUCCUGCUGGACAUCAAGGGCCGCGUCCUCGUCUGGCGCGACUUCCGCGGCGACGUCACCGCCGUCCAGGCCGAGCGCUUCUUCACCAAGCUCCUCGACAAGGAGGGCGAUGCGGAGGCGUACUCGCCGGUGGUCUACGACGACGCGGGCGUCACCUACAUGUUUAUACAGCAUAACAAUAUUUUCCUCCUCACCGCCUCCCGCCAAAACUGCAACGCCGCUAGCAUCCUCCUAUUCCUCCACCGCGUCGUCGAUGUGUUCAAUCACUAUUUCGAGGAAUUGGAGGAGGAAUCACUCAGAGAUAACUUUGUCGUCGUGUAUGAGUUGCUUGAUGAGAUGAUGGAUUUUGGGUAUCCACAAUACACCGAGGCAAAGAUUUUAAGCGAGUUCAUCAAGACAGAUGCAUACAAGAUGGAGGUCUCACAGAGGCCACCGAUGGCUGUGACAAAUGCUGUCUCAUGGAGGAGUGAGGGGAUUCGGUACAAAAAGAACGAAGUGUUCUUGGAUGUAGUGGAGAGUGUUAACAUUCUUGUUAAUAGCAAUGGGCAGAUUGUGAGAUCAGAUGUUGUUGGGGCACUGAAAAUGCGAACAUAUUUGAGUGGAAUGCCCGAGUGCAAACUCGGGUUGAAUGACAAGGUUCUUUUGGAGGCUCAGGGGCGAGCAACUAAAGGGAAGGCAAUAGAUCUUGAUGAUAUCAAAUUUCAUCAGUGUGUGCGAUUGGCCAGAUUUGAGAAUGACAGGACGAUAUCAUUCAUCCCUCCAGAUGGAUCUUUUGAUCUGAUGACAUACAGGCUGAACACUCAGGUGAAACCUCUUAUCUGGGUGGAAGCCCAGGUUGAAAAACAUUCAAGAAGCCGGAUAGAAUUGAUGAUUAAGGCAAGAAGUCAGUUUAAGGAAAGAAGCACAGCAACAAAUGUUGAAAUUGAAGUUCCUGUUCCUUCAGAUGCCACAAACCCAAAUAUAAGAACUUCAAUGGGUUCUGCUGCAUAUGCACCUGAGAGAGAUGCAAUGGUCUGGAAAGUAAAAUCAUUUCCUGGUGGCAAAGAGUACAUGUGCAGAGCGGAGUUUAGUCUACCAAGUAUAAGUGCGGAAGAAGCAGUCCCUGAAAAGAAGGCACCGAUACGAGUGAAAUUUGAAAUACCAUAUUUCACUGUAUCGGGUAUUCAGGUUCGCUAUCUAAAGAUCAUUGAAAAGAGUGGGUACCAGGCGCUUCCGUGGGUUAGAUACAUUACCAUGGCAGGUGAAUACGAACUGAGACUUAUAUGAGUUUCCUGUGGUGUGGCUACUAGAAAAGGAAGACACCAAUGAAGCUGUGAGGCUUUUGGAAUACAUAGUUCUUGCUCGCUACAGCGUAUAGAUGAAUUGGGAAAUGAACAUGGAAGUCAUCUCCCAAAAAGCUGUAGCGCGCAAGGUUUUUUUUGUGGCUUGUCACUGUAAUUUACACAUCAAGUACAGUUUUGAGAAAGAAGAACACUGCCUUUUUCCUUUGGACGAGUUAACUUGUAUCAUAAUUGAUUUAUUGUUAUUAUUUUUGGUGGCAAAUUUGUUUUUA